AUGCGUAAUAUAUUGAAAAUUGAUGGCAUAGUACCCGACGACGACUACAAUAUAUUUUCCAUACAAUCGACUGUAGGCUCGGCCGUCAAAAAAUUUGCCAAAACUAUCGGAUUAGAGCUAAGAAUUCGUGACCAAAUGAUUACCGCAUUUCGUCAAGUGUGUGGCCGACACUUUCCUGGACAGCAACCGAGUCCUGGACAGCAACCGAGUCCUGGACAGCAACCGAGUCCUGGACAGCAACCGAGUCCUGGACAGCAACCGAGUCCUGGACAGCAACCGAGUCCUGGACAGCAACCGAGUCCUGGACAGCAACCGAGUCCUGGACAGCAACCGAGUCCUGGACAGCGGCCGAGUCGUCGGCAAAGCCCUAAAGAGGAUGAUUACGAAGCAGACGUCUCGUCUGGAAGCGAUCCGUUGUCUUUGACAUUGCCGUCGCCGCCACCACCGAGUCUAGUGACCACCGAUGAUGAGGAAUACUAUUGACUAAUAAUAAUUUUUACCGCUAUUCUGGAGACACGAAAAAUUCAUACAUACUUUAGGAUUGUAUACAUGUUUAGGUUGGGUUGGUUUGGUUU